AUGGCUCAUAUUAUUUCCAAAAUAAUUCGGUGGAAUCACCUUCAUGAAGAUUUAAAUGAACAGUCACCUGAUGAGUUAAAGUUACAUUUGAACAAAAUAUUUUUACGACUUAACAAGUUUUAUGAAAAUAAUGCAGAAGAAAUCCCAGCUAAAAAAUCCAAAAGUACUUUGGAAUGGGUAGAUAAUGACUUAUUAACAGUGGAAGCUUGUCUUGAUAGAAUUUGGGAAAUGCUUAACUCUGGUUACUGGAAAGACGUUCCGGUUAAUUAUAGAUAUUGCUAUUCCCUUUGCAGUGUUUUUAAAUCAAUACUGUUGGGAUUAACAAUAAACACAGAGAAUGAUCAUGCCUUAACAGUUGGACAAAUCAAGGAAAUUAUUCAACAAAUCGAUAAGGGAAUUCUUCUAGGAGCUCCUUUGCCCAAAUCACCAAAUCUAUUAACCCAAAUUGCUUCAGAAUUAAAUCAACAUUAUUCUGACAUAUGCAAGACAAAUGAAAAUUUACAUGAAAUCAAAAUCGACAAAGAAAGUUUAUGCACCACACUUUUUACUGGUUUUUCAUCGAUUGUCCACCUUACCAAGCCUUCAAUGGAAACCUUUUACUGCGACAUUUUCCGACCUAAGGUUCCCGCUCUAUUAGAAGGUUGCAUUUCAUACUGGCCAUCCUUAGAGCUGUGGAAAGAUACUGAUUAUCUUCAAAGAGUAGCAGGUACUCGAACAGUACCAAUUGAAAUUGGAUCUCGUUACACUGAGGACGAUUGGGCGCAAAAAUUAGUAAUGUUCUCUGAUUUUCUGAAAAAUCACGUAACACAAAAAAAUGAUAAAGUCGGUUAUUUAGCUCAGCACCAACUUUUUGAUCAGAUUCCAGAGUUAAAAAAUGAUUUUUUUGUGCCGGAUUAUUGUAGUUUUUCAGACAAAGAAGAAAGUGAUGAUUCGCCAGAUAUAAAUGCUUGGUUUGGACCACAGGGAACUGUAUCGCCAUUACAUUACGACCCAAAAAAUAACUUACUAUGUCAAGUUUUUGGAUACAAGAGGAUAGUGUUGUACAGCCCAGACGAUAGCAAAAAUGUAUAUCCAUAUGAAACUCGUUUAUUAUGCAAUACAGCUAGAAUCGAUCCAUACAAUCCAGACUUCGAAAAUUAUCCAAAUUUCCAAAAAGCUACAGGUUACAUGUGCUAUUUGAAACCUGGUGAUAUGCUAUUCAUUCCCCCAAAGUGGUGGCAUCAUGUCACGGGACUUUCACCAAGUUUUUCAAUAAGUUUUUGGUGGGAAUAA